AUGACCUUAAAGCGGCCUCGGAGUAUUUAUACGGAGGAUAUUAUGGCUAAUGCGAUAAUUGAUGUCACAAAAAACGGCUUGUCGCAGUACCGCGCCGCCCAAAAGUAUGACAUACCUCAGCAGUCUAUUUCCGACAGACUCAAAGGCCAGGUAGCCCUGGCUGAUCAGAUCCAGCCUCGUCAACUCUUGAUGGGGCGCAACUGGGUCUCUAAAUUCAUCAAUCGCCAUCCGGACAUCAAGAACAAGCGUGGGAGACGUCAGGAAGCUAACCGAUUUAAUGCUUUUACGCCUCGUGCGGUUCACUGGUUCUUCGAUAUCAGGGAAAAGGAGUAUGGAUGGAUUAAACCAGAAAAUACCGUGAAUGUUGACGAAGGCGGUAUUAUGUCUGGCUUUGGUUUGGAUAGUCUUGUGGUUGGGAGUGCAGACCCAAAACGGAAGGCCCUUCUGAAAGGGCCACAGUCCCGCAACUGGACCUCAUUUAUUGAAGCUAUCACCGCGGACGGCCGUGUCCUUACCCUGGCAUUAUCUUUAAGGGCAAAGAACUUCAGAAACAGUGGUUCUUGA